CGGAAGUGAACUGAACGUGUUGUAGGAUGGCUAAAGAAGUUGUUCAGUGUAUCUAAAAUCCAUUUGUUGUUGAUUUAGCCCUGUGCGCUCAGCGCUGACAUGGCACACAGAUAUCUCCACCUCUCCAGAGGUUGCAGGAACCUUUACGGCGUUCUUUUACCUAAUUUCAGAUCACCAAAGGCGGCGCGACUGGUAUCUACCCAGACUGACGCCCUGCAGAAACGAGUGUUGCUUUCUCAGGUGUUGGACACGUACAGACGGUUAUGCUCAAAGCCCCCGAAAGGAUUUGAAAAAUACUUCCCGAAGAACGGGGAGCCCAAACCACACAACUCGGAGGCUCAAGGGGCCAAGCCGAACAACGGACAGAAGAACUCUGGGAAGUCUGAUGGUGGAGGAGGAGGAGGCGGCGGAGCUGCUGGGGGGGGCGGAGGCAAAAAGGGAGGAAAGAGGGAUGAGAACAACUGGUUCAACCGUAUCCAAAAGGGCGAAAUUCCGUGGGACGACAAGGACUUCCGCAUGUACUUAAUGGUUUCAGCGACUUUUUGGGCAGCGGUCAGUUAUUACUUCUUCCGGGAUGCAGGAAAAGAAGUCACCUGGAAGGACUUUGUCAAUGGCUACCUGGCUAAAGGAGUCGUGGACAGGUUGGAGGUUGUGAACAAGCGCUUUGUGAAAGUUGUAUUCUCUCAGGGAAAAGCGGAAACUGAUGGGAAAUACGUGUGGUUUAACAUCGGCAGCGUGGACACGUUUGAGCGGAAUCUGGAGACGGCUCAGAUGGAGCUGGGUAUCGAAAUGGAGAACAGACUGCCUGUGGUUUACUCCACUGAGAGUGACGGCUCUUUCCUCCUCAGCAUGCUUCCCACCGCACUCAUCAUCGGCUUCCUGCUCUUCAUGCUGCGGCGAGGACCCGCGGGGGCCGGGCGGCCCGGCAGGGGCAUGGGUGGCCUGUUCAGCGUCAGCGAAACCACGGCCAAAGUGCUGCGUGACGAGAUCGACGUCAAGUUCAAGGACGUGGCCGGGUGCGAGGAGGCCAAGCUGGAGAUCAUGGAGUUUGUUAACUUCCUGAAGAACCCCAAGCAGUACCAGGACCUUGGGGCCAAGAUCCCUAAGGGUGCCAUUCUGACCGGACCUCCCGGUACUGGGAAGACCCUGUUAGCAAAGGCGACUGCAGGCGAAGCGAACGUCCCCUUCAUCACCGUUAAUGGCUCCGAAUUCCUAGAGAUGUUUGUGGGUGUCGGUCCAGCCAGGGUUCGAGACCUUUUCGUUUUGGCGCGCAAGAACGCCCCCUGCAUCCUCUUCAUAGAUGAAAUCGACGCGGUGGGGAGGAAAAGAGGCAGGGGCAGUUUCGGAGGGCAGAGUGAGCAGGAGAACACGCUCAACCAACUACUAGUGGAAAUGGACGGAUUUAACACUGCCACCAACGUAGUGGUUCUGGCUGGUACGAACAGACCGGACAUCCUGGACCCAGCACUGCUGAGACCUGGACGCUUCGACAGGCAGAUAUACAUCGGUCCUCCUGAUAUCAAAGGCAGAGCAUCAAUAUUUAAAGUUCACCUGAGACCCCUGAAGCUGCGUGAAGAUUUGGACAAGGAGAAUCUAGCUAGGAAGAUGGCUGCCCUUACACCUGGCUUUUCAGGCGCUGACAUUGCUAACGUGUGUAACGAGGCAGCGUUGAUCGCGGCUCGCCACCUCUCUGACGCCAUCACGCAGAAACAUUUUGAGCAGGCUAUCGAGCGUGUGAUCGGAGGCUUAGAGAAGAAGACGCAGGUGCUGCAGCCUGAGGAGAAAAAGACCGUAGCGUACCAUGAGGCAGGACAUGCCGUAGCUGGGUGGUACCUGGAGCACGCAGACCCUCUGUUAAAGGUGUCCAUCAUCCCACGUGGUAAAGGUCUGGGCUACGCGCAGUACCUCCCAAAAGAGCAGUACCUCUACACCAAGGAGCAGCUGAUGGACCGGAUGUGCAUGACGCUCGGCGGCCGUAUCGCUGAGGAGAUCUUCUUCGGUCGCAUCACCACAGGAGCGCAGGACGACCUGAGGAAGGUGACGCAGAGCGCGUACGCACAGAUAGUGCAGUUUGGGAUGAACGAGAAGGUCGGUCAGGUGUCCUUCGACCUCCCUCGGCAGGGAGACGUGGUUCUGGAGAAGCCGUACAGCGAGGCGACGGCCCGUCUGAUCGAUUCGGAGGUGCGGGAUCUUAUUAACAGCGCCUACGAGCGCGCGAAGAAGCUGCUGAUGGAGAAGAAGGCCGACGUGGAAAAGGUGGCGCUGCGCCUGCUGGAUAAGGAGGUGCUGGAUAAGAGCGACAUGGUGGAGCUCCUGGGCCCGCGGCCGUUCGCCGAGAAGUCGACGUACGAGGAAUUUGUGGAGGGCACAGGAGGACUGGACGAGGACACGUCGCUCCCUGAGGGACUGAAAGACUGGAAUAAAGAACGAGGGAGCGAGAAGGAGGAGAGCACGGAGGAGCAGGUGGCACGCCAGAUCUCCGGCGACAUGCCGUUCUAAACACGAUCCUCCACCAGAGGCCGACAUUUACAGCAGUGAGUGGGAAAUUUAACGAGGGUCGGGUCGGGGCUGGUCAUGUGACCUUCCUGAUCCACACGCAGACCUUCACGGUAUCACAGGUUGGUGUGUGCUGCAUAGCUGAACAUGAAGAGGUGUUUUUUGUUUUUGUUUUGUUUUGUUUGUCUUUUUUUAAUGUAGAGGUGGUGUUCUAGCAGUUGGUCACUGAAUCGCAGGUGGGUUUUGGAGCACGCUGCUGAAGAUCCAUAUUUUUGAAUUUUGCUUCACUGACAAAGAUGAGCAGAAGUGAUGUAUGAUGAAUGUUCCUUAAGAAAUGUGUAUAAAAUUAAAUUAAAUUAUUCCUGG